GUCCUUGUAUUUGCCCCAGCCGAAGUCUUCAAAUCAGAGGCCAACCGGGCCGAAGGAGCUUUGUCCUUCCUCGUCAGCGGCAUCUACAAAGGAUCCGUGAGCGCCGAGAGCCUCAGCGCCGCCUUCCUGGGCAAGGCCUUGGUUCUCCUCCUCUGGGAGUCAGCGAGGCUGAGUGACCAGCGACAGGAACGCCUUCGCCGUACUUUGGCCGUGCUGACAAACAUCUCGCAGGCUCUGCAGGCUUUGCAGGCCCGGCUGGCCCCUGGAAGCGCGCUGCAGGACCGGAAGCGCCCCGAGCCUUCGCUGGAGCGGAGUGCCAAAAAGCGGAAAGCAGGGGAGAAGGAGACGAAGGUGAUCGACAUAGCCGGAGAUGGAGGCUCUGGCCCUGUGCGAGGGACCCCUCCAGAAGUACUGGAAAUCCUGGAGCGUCACUUCCUGCAUGUCCUGGACAUCCUGGGCAUCCUGCUCGACCCGCGCUCCCCCAAAUGGCAGGAGUACUGCGACCUACUGUCGGACCCCUUUGCACGCGUCCGUGGAGACGUUCAAGAGGAAGCGACCAGCCCGGACAUGGCGCGAUUCUGCCGAAUGGUCUCGCUGCUCUUG